AUGUUAUUUGGGAAAGAUGGAGUUGGAAUAAAUAAAAUCAAGCAAGUCGCCUAUAACAUAUAUGCCAUCUCGAGUCUUACUAAUAGUCAAAUUCAAAAUGUUAUCAAGAAUGUAACAUCAGUAGAAGUGCCAGAAACCGUUUCCUCGGGGAACGAUCAUACUAAUGCAGAGGUGAGAGCUUCAUCUAAUGUAUUUCGUGCACUUUCUCCGAAAGAUAAUAUAUUGCCAGAAAAUAAGAUUCAUGACCAUGCUUACUUUCGUAACAAGACAUUUUUGCGAUAUUCUAAUCUAUAUAAAGUAUUUAUUUCUGAAAAAUUUGAUCGUUACGGAAUUAUUGAGGGUUCAUUAUGCCCAGUAUGUAAACAAGAUCAUGAAGAUGGGAAAAGUGUAAAAGCAUAUACGGAAGAGACUGGGCUCGAUCCCUGGGUAAAACCUGAAUCUUCACGAAUCGAAAAGGAUGCUGAUGAUAAUAUUUUACAGGACAGUUUACCGGAAACUCAGAUAGUAGUGCCAAACAAAAUUUACACCUCAAAUUCCAAGACUGCUCCAAACAAAAAUCACCUUUAUCAGUAUGCCAUCGAACAUGGAAUAAAUUCCAAAGAAUUUUCAAUCAUUACAGAGGUUGAGAAAAUAGGUGGGCCAUAG